AUGUUCAGGAAUCAAACUGUUCUCUCUUUUUGUGUUGAUUGUAUUGGGAAAAAUGUGGCUGCAAAGAUUCAGGAGAAUAUAUCAAUGGUGAAAUGCCCUCACACCAAAUGCAAGCAAGUUGUAGAGCCUCAACACUGUCGUUUAGUUAUCACUAAGGAAGUGUUUGAGCGAUGGGAAAAUGCCCCAUGUGAGAAUUUGGUUCUUGCAUCACAAAAAUUUUAUUGCCCUUUUAAGGAUUGCUCAGCUAUGUUGGUUGCAUGGCACGCAGGAAUAGAUGGCAGUGAGUUUCGCAGCUUGAAGCAGGAUGAGAGAGGGAGGGAGGAUCUAAAGGUUGGUGAUUAUGUGGCUAUCAAUUUUGUUAUGCCUGAUCCUCUUGGAGACAGCACCAUAUGUGUUUGA